AUCUCGCCCAGGAGAUCCCAUGCCUGCUUCGCUGACGUCGUGUGCCACACCUGCAUUAGCUGCCUGUCCUCGAGAUGGAGCAAAAUAUUCGCUCGUGCUCUCGCGUCCUUCUUCUCAAACUCCAGGCGAUCUUCCUUCCUCUCUUCGAUUCGAUGUGGAAUCCGAGCCGCCGAGGCACCGCUGGAGAUUUUGUGGCGAUGAUCCGGCGGAGCGAUCCAGCCUCGACACGCCCCAAUCCGUCGCUGACAACUCGAAAUCCUCCCCGAUCGAAGCUCCCGAGGCCGCAUUUCCGCGAGAAAUCCUUCGGGGGCGCCAGAUUCCACGUCUGGAAGAUGAGGAUGCAAAUGCUGCUGGUGCUACACGAUCCGUGGGGCGUGGUGAGCGGAUCGGAGGCCCGGCCGGGAGACGCAAAGAACAAGAGCCCUAAAACCAGACUAAAAUUUUUCUUCUCUUUGUUUGUUCUAAAGCUCAUGUUUGUUCUUUAGGAUGAGUUCUCCUCGCUUCCACCAAUAAUUCCAGAAGACAAUUCUCGGA